AUAUGUGGUGGAGCACAUUGGAGCAACAUCGGAGACGAGUUGGUGGUGGCAGUCAGUAUCGAACGGUCUCCGGCGAGAAGUGGAAGUUAUUCCGGUAGAGAAAUUGCGUAUCAAGUGGAACUGGGCAGCUAAAGGAGUGGAAGUUUUGUGUGUCAAGAACAUUUGAAAACUUUGUGAGAUUCCUCUCGUGAUCCCACAUGAGCUUUGUGCGAUAAGCCGUUGCCGGACGAUUUGGGGCGUGCUUGCGGGGAAAGAGAGACUCCAAAGUGCAGACAAAAGUUCAGCAGACAAGAGAAACCGCUCAAGUGUCUGGACUUUGGCAAAAGCUCCCUGAAAAGAAGAAAAAAAAGCUCGUUGGGAAUAAUUACUGGAACACAAACGGUUGUGUCCUGGAGGCAAGAAAACUUCUUACGGAGAAUUAAUUAAUUAGAGAAUUUGGUAAGAAAAAAUCCACGCAGCCUUUACAAGAUGUCUAUGUGCGGUGUUCAGCGUGCUCUCGAACGGAUGCAGCGUGUGUCGAAAGUAAAGAUCUGGUCAAUUGCCAGGAAUGGAUAUUCAACGAAGGUGGAGUACAAACCAAUUCGAUCGGUUUUGGUGGCAAAUCGCGGUGAGAUUGCCAUCAGAGUGUUCAGAGCAUGCACAGAAUUGGGCAUUAAGAGUGUUGCCAUCUACUCGGAACAAGAUAAAAUGCACAUGCACAGGCAGAAGGCAGAUGAAUCCUAUUUGGUGGGAAAGAAUCUACCACCAGUGGAGGCAUACCUCAACAUUCCGGAAAUAAUACGCGUUUGCAAGGAGAAUGAUGUGGAUGCCGUUCAUCCGGGCUAUGGUUUCCUCUCGGAGCGCAGUGACUUUGCCCAGGCUGUGAUUGAUGCUGGGUUGCGCUUUAUUGGGCCCUCGCCGAAGGUUGUGCAGCAGAUGGGAGAUAAAGUGGCUGCCAGGAAAGCAGCUAUUGAAGCUGGGGUGCCAAUUGUGCCGGGAACAGAUGGCCCUGUGACGACAAAAGAGGAAGCCUUGGAUUUCUGCAAGCGCUACGGAUUGCCGGUGAUCUUCAAAGCAGCCUACGGUGGUGGUGGUCGAGGGAUGAGAGUUGUGAAGCAAAUGGAUGAAGUUGAGGAGAUGUUUAUGCGUGCUAGCUCCGAGGCGAAAGCUGCCUUUGGCAAUGGAGCAAUGUUCAUUGAGAAGUUCAUUGAGCGCCCCCGGCAUAUUGAGGUACAACUUCUGGGUGACAAGGCAGGCAAUGUUGUGCACCUGUACGAACGAGACUGCUCCGUCCAGAGGAGGCAUCAGAAGGUUGUGGAAAUUGCUCCAGCUCCGAGAUUGCCCAUAGAAGUCAGGGACCGUAUGACAGAGCAUGCUGUUCGUCUGGCUAAGCAUGUUGGGUACGAAAAUGCUGGAACUGUUGAGUAUCUAGCUGAUGAAACGGGCAAUUUCUACUUUAUCGAAGUCAAUGCUCGACUCCAAGUUGAGCACACUGUGACUGAGGAAAUUACAGGAAUCGACUUGGUGCAGUCACAGAUCCGUGUGGCAGAGGGUAUGACCCUACCGGAACUGGGCUACACGCAGGAUAAUAUUAAACCCCAAGGAUAUGCCAUACAGUGCCGUGUGACGACUGAAGAUCCAGCAAAUGAUUUCCAACCCAGUACAGGACGUUUGGAGGUCUUCCGUUCGGGUGAGGGAAUGGGAAUUCGUCUGGAUAGUGCCUCAGCGUAUGCCGGUGGAAUUAUUUCACCCUACUACGACUCCCUACUUGUCAAAGUAAUCUCCCACGCAUCGGAUUUGCAAUCAUCAGCUGCAAAGAUGAAUCGUGCAUUGCGAGAAUUCCGUAUCCGUGGUGUUAAGACAAACAUCCCCUUCCUACUUAAUGUGCUGGAGAAUCAAAAAUUCCUCAAUGGUGUCCUGGAUACGUACUUUAUUGAUGAACAUCCACAACUCUUUAAGUUCCAACCAUCACAGAAUCGUGCUCAGAAACUUCUCAACUACCUCGGAACGGUCUUGGUGAAUGGACCACAAACACCUCUUGCUACAAAACUAAAACCCGCUGAUGGUGUCCAUCCUCAUGUUCCAGAUGUUGAUUUAGCUGUUCCACCACCACCUGGGCUACGGGAUAUACUAAAGACUCAGGGCCCAGAGGGUUUUGCAAAGGAAGUACGUGCCCGGAAGGAGCUCCUGCUGAUGGACACAACGUUCCGUGAUGCACAUCAGUCACUUCUGGCCACGCGAGUGAGGACACACGAUCUUCUGAAGAUCUCACCAUUUGUCGCCCACAGAUUCAACAAUCUCUAUUCCUUGGAGAACUGGGGUGGAGCCACAUUCGACGUUGCCCUCAGAUUCCUCCAUGAGUGCCCUUGGGAGCGACUUGAGGAGAUGCGUAAGCAAAUCCCCAAUAUUCCCUUCCAGAUGCUCCUUCGUGGUGCAAAUGCAGUCGGCUACACCAACUACCCGGACAAUGUUGUGUACAAAUUCUGUGAACUCGCCGUACAGACUGGAAUGGAUAUUUUCCGUGUCUUUGACUCCCUCAACUAUUUGCCAAAUCUUAUUCUGGGCAUGGAAGCUGCCGGGAAAGCUGGUGGUGUCGUGGAGGCAGCCAUUUCCUACACUGGAGACGUGAGUGAUCCCACAAAGAAAAAAUACGACCUCAAAUACUACGUCAAUUUGGCCGAUGAACUCGUCAAGGCGGGUACCCAUGUGUUAGCCAUUAAGGACAUGGCGGGUCUGCUGAAGCCCAAUGCUGCACGUCUUCUCAUUUGUGCCAUACGCGAUAAACAUCCCGACAUUCCCAUCCACAUUCACACGCACGAUACCUCGGGUGCGGGUGUUGCUGCCAUGCUGGCAUGUGCUGAAGCUGGAGCGGAUGUUGUGGACGUUGCCGUGGAUUCCAUGUCGGGGAUGACGUCGCAACCGAGCAUGGGAGCUGUUGUGGCAUCCCUGCAGGGCACUACUGCUGAUACACGCUUCAAUUUGCCCGAUAUUUCGGAAUAUUCAGCCUAUUGGGAACAAACACGUACGCUGUAUGCACCAUUUGAGUGCACAACCACCAUGAAGUCCGGGAAUGCGGAUGUUUACAUGAAUGAGAUUCCAGGUGGGCAGUACACAAAUCUCCAAUUCCAAGCGUACUCUCUUGGGCUUGGGGACUUCUUUGAGGAUGUCAAGAAGGCCUACCGGGAGGCAAAUCUCCUCCUUGGAGACAUCAUUAAGGUCACCCCGUCGUCCAAAGUUGUUGGAGAUUUGGCUCAAUUUAUGGUGCAGAAUAAACUUACGGCACAACAGAUUAUUGACAAGGCGGAGGAGCUCUCUUUCCCCAAAUCUGUGGUGGAAUUCCUUCAGGGUGCCAUAGGAACGCCUCAUGGGGGCUUCCCGGAACCACUGAGAUCGCGUGUCCUUAAGGAUAUGCCACGUGUCGAGGGGCGUCCCGGAGCAGCGCUUGGGGACUUUGAUUUUGGCACUCUUAAGAAGGAAUUGAAGGAAUCUCAUGCUCAGGUGACGGAUCGCGAUGUUAUGUCAGCUGCCCUCUAUCCACAAGUCACGAAUGACUUCCUCACAUUCCGUGACACCUACGGGCCGGUUGAUAAGCUCGAUACACGCAUCUUCCUCACGGGCCCCAAGGUUGGGGAGGAGUUUGAGGUGGCGCUGCAGAAGGGUAAAAUGGUGCACAUCAAGACACUGGCCAUGGCAGAAGAUCUUACGCCAAAUGGUGAACGGGAGGUCUUUUUUGAGCUCAAUGGGCAGCUGCGAUCGGUGCUUAUUCGCGAUAAGGAAGCAGUUAAGGAGCUUCACAUCCACCCCAAGGCCAACAAGGGGAAUAAGAGUGAAGUUGGGGCUCCAAUGCCGGGAACUGUUAUUGAUAUUCGAGUGAAGGAGGGUGAUCACGUUGAGAAGGGUCAACCACUUGUAGUACUUUCAGCCAUGAAGAUGGAGAUGGUGGUACAAUCACCAAAGGCAGGCACAGUGCAGAAGCUUGAGAUCAGCAAUGGCAUGAAACUCGAGGGUGAAGAUCUAAUCCUCGUACUCGAUUGAACGUAAAGGGAAAAGAAAAAAACAUGGAAAGACUCUUUCUUACAAAUCGGCAUCUUCCAGAGAGACUUGUUUAGGUUUUUAGGUGAUGAUAUUUUUAUACUUGUUGAUGAAUCCAAAAUUAUACAAUUGUUUUGUUUGUCCGCGCGCAUUUUUUUUUGUUUUUUGCUAUCAAACCAAUAAAAUUGUAUAUCAAACUGUUGAAUAAAAAAAAAUCAAUGGA